UUGUUCUCAAAUGGCUUCUUCGUUUUUGGCUGGAGUGCCAUUGUUUGAAUCUGCGCGCGAUCGCUCUCACGCUCAAAAGCUCGCGGGAUCGCUUCGCAGGCUGUUCACGCCGCUGAGCCUGAACACACUCUCAAGCUGGCUGCUCCAACUCGAGGCUCCGCAGGGCGCCAACUUGCUUGCAGUGCUGGGUCACGGAGAAGCAACUGGCAUUGCUGAGGCUGCUGCUGCAAAGGCCAAGCGUGGCUGGUUUGGCGCCAAGAGCACCACCUCGCCAAACAACCCGCACUCGGGCGAUUCAAGCUCAACGUCGUCAUCCUCGGACGAUAUCACAAACGACCCGAUCGGUGUCCUGCUGCUAGCUACAUUGUAUUUGAACGAGCUACAAGCCUCGCCGGGCAUCCAUGUCCGCGCACCAGAUGACAAUCUCGAGCUCGCUCUGCCUCAGAAUCAGAGUCCCCUCACACCCCCAGCCGCCAAUGUCGGCAUGAACACGGCGCAGAGCGAUGCUGCAGAGUCGCAAGAGCGGCAACCCAGCUGCAUCACCGAUCGCGCUGUCGUUGCCAUCCUCACUCGGCUCUUUCGGCUCGCGGAUGGAUUUGCCGCCGACAAACAGUUCAUUGGCGUGACCCAGACGCACCUUCACCAUCUAUCGUCUCUCGUCAUUUCCAAUAUUGCACUGGGUACAGAUGUGGUAACGAGCAUCGGAAAGAUCAUCUCGCGCGAUGGGCAGUUCCACAUUCGGCAUCUGCAGCUCUCAAACUGCGCGCUGCAGGACAGGCACGUCAGUAUCCUCGCCCAAGCCAUCAAGGAUUCUGCCGCGAGCUCGUCCGGUGGCUACCUGCAGUCGCUCGAUCUGGCAAACAACCGUAUCAAGCAAGCCGGCAUGGACUCACUCGGGGAGGCGCUGAAAAAGUCCAACAUUGUUUUCGUCCAACUCGCCGACAACCCGAGUCGUCCUUCGCCCGAAUUGCGCGAGAUUGUCAACAAUCGGUACUUUAACACAAUCCUCGAAGGCAUUGACAGGUCGUCGCCCGAUUUCCCGAGCAGCGACGUCAUCGUCUGCAGCGAGCAUGCCCUGACUCGCGCGAGCGUUGCUCGUCUCGCGGAGCGCAUUCCACGUCUGAGCACCCUGCUCCUGCCAUGGUGCGGCCUUUCUGGGAUUUUGGCGCCGCUGGCCCAGGUGCGUGCCACCGCUGACACCACUUCGUUGCUGCGAUUCGUCGACCUCUCGAGCAACGGCCUCGUGGACACGGACAUCAAUCACCUUGCUGGCAUGGUGCAGUUUGCCUCCGAGUCGCUCGUGGUGCUCAAGCUGGCACAAAACACGCUCCAGCUGCAGUCGUCGUGUGGCAAUUUUCUUCGCGCGCUCGCCCGCUGCCGGGGUUUGCAGCUCCUCGAUGUCUCUGGAAACGCGAUCGCCCUCGCAGGCGCAUGCAAUCUGAUUGCCGAUCUUGUGUCUGCGAGUAGUCUCACAGUCAAUCUUUGCGACAACGACCCCGAUCUCACACGUGAUGCCGUCACCCAGGCUGUCCCAAUUCCGUCCACGGCCACCCUGUUGUUCAAUCGCCGUGAUUUUUGCGGCCAAAGUAUGGCCGAUGCGCUGAGGCUGCGCUGCUCAACCGCGGUAGACUCGACCAACGUGUCUUUGAGCGUGCUUCCACUCGCCGUCAGCAGCGCGAUGCUUCCAGUCGAAUACGCACACUCGAAACUGGCCUUCCGCUCGGAACUGGGAGAUGAAGUGCGGUUUGUUUCCUCCGCAGUCCAGCUGGAUGGGCACUUGGCCCCCAAGCCAGGUGCAGCCACCAUCGAGGCAGCAGCAGGCAAUGCACUCCCUGCGGUCGACAGCCUGAUCGCUGGUAUCAACCGUGCUGAUGGCCUUGCAAUCAACCUGGACUGCUCUGGCUCUUCCGUAGAGCUGCUGGUGCGAAUUGCGUUGGCAUGCGAGUUGUCACGACGACACCUUCCCGUGUUUUGCCGAUGCGAAACGGAGGAUGCGCGCGCACAUCGUCGCAUCUCCAAGCCGAUCGCUCGUCAAGGGGCUCUGGUCCUUGAAGACGUGGUGUCUGCGGCGCCGUUACAGCAUCAGCAGCUCGGCAGCUACCUCUCGGCGACAUUUCGACAAGAAACACGCAAUCGUUCCUCGUUUGUUCCCCUGGAGACUGUGGAAUUCCAGCUCCGGCUGCUACGGCAGCACCUGUUUGGUCCGCUUGCGCCCUACGUUGGGGUCGACAGCGAUCGGUCGUCGUGGGCGCCCGCAUUGGAGCGUGCUCUCGACCAACUCGACUAUGCCACACGUGCCGCCACCGUUCCAGAAUGCAACCUGCACAUCCUUGCCGCGUUCGACUCGAGCGCUGAUGUGCUUGAUGCGGAGCAAAGUCGCGAAGCCGAAGCUGCCGUCAUGGGCGCCAACACCCCGAGCCAACUGUCCAGCGUCAUGCAGCGCGUCGCUAUUGGCGCGAAACACAGCCUUAUUGCCGCGCACACCAGCUUGCGACGGAGUGUCAACAAGCCGGUCGUUUUGUUGAUGAGCGAGUCGGGCCAAGGCAAGUCAGCGCUCGCCAGCAUUUUCGGAGCCGAUGUCCGAGCCAUUGCGUCGCACGUGCCGCACGGCGAUACCAACUUUCGGGUUUGGCAUCUUCCCGCUCUCACCGUCAUCGACACGAUGGGUCUGGAGGCCGGCAGCUCGGCGAUUAUCGAGUUUGACAAGAAGCUCGAUGCGCUCAUGGGCGGUGCCGAUUUCCAGAGUGAUCAAUCCCGGGUGCAUGUUGUUUGGUUUGUCGUGGAGGCUAAAACGCGCUUCUUUUCGACCGGGUGCGCGCGUCGACUUGCCCAGCUCAAAGACCGCAAGUCCAACACGCCCAUCCCGGCCAUUCUUGUCGUGAGCAAAUGCGACGAGCAUGUCAGCCGACCGGGUGAGCCGCAUGUCUUUGAAAGCUUCUGGAAGCAUCUCCCAAAGACCAUGGACGACGAGUACAAGCGGUGCAUCGCCCAGGGCCAAGACGCAGAGCCAUACCCGCCCAACAUUAAAAAGAUUCUACCAUUCACCAUCUAUGAUCGCGCAACAGCCGACUUGGCAGCUCGUGAGCACCACAGCACUGACCCUAGCCUGCUGGAUGCGGCACGGGCGUUGAGCACUGCUGGUGGCGCGCAACAGCCCAGCAAUCCGGACGCAGCCGAUGGUGCAGACGCCGCCACCAAAGUUCUGUGUCCCACCUGCGGAAGUGACACUGAAGAAAUGCUCGAUGAUCAAGGCUUGUGGAUUUCCGUCUGCACUGUUGACGACGAGCACGAAGUCGUCUCCAAGUCUGCUGCUGCUGAUGCUGAUGCCUCGAUCACGUCCCUUGAUUCAACGCCCUCGGACUUGCCGCCACCCUCCUCUGGAACAGUCGCUGAUUACAGCCGCGAAGAAUGCACCCAAAAGCUGGUGGAGGAGACGCUGCGCUUGCUUGAUUCUUCUUUGCACACAGCGUUCAUUGCUUCUCAAACGUCGCAUCUUGCCCUGAAAGAGCGUGCCUGCUACGCGCUGAUCUGGCGUACCAUUUGUCUGCUCGGCCAUCAACGCGAGCGCACUGUCGCCGAAGUCCAGGCCCAGCUGAGCAAGUUGCUGACCAACAUUUUGCUGAUCUGGAAGGUGAACAUUAAGCUUCACGACCAGUUCUUCCACGACUUGUACGACCUCGUUUCUGCGGACAACAAACUGGGCUGGAUGCAUCGCAAUGUGUGGUCGCCAGUCCACAUUGCCCACCGCAUUGGCUCGCUUGGUCUGACGUGGAAUCACAAGCUCAAAGCGCAGCGGGCCACAGCUCUCGCUGCCGUCCGGGACCCAACAGCAACUGGACAACAAGCCCAUGCACCACAACCAUCACAGCCACAACAAGCGCAAAGUCCUUCCGAGUCCGAGUCCGACACUGCCUCGACACCGCAAACCCCGAAUCUGGGAGCUGCGGAUGAUCACGACUCGAUUGAGCGCAUUCUGCAGGAUAUGCUCUGCUGCAAGUCGCUCUACCCUCGUCUCGACGAAGCAGUCCGAGUUGCCAUGCUCGCCACCCAAUCCAAGUUCCCGUCUGCCAACGAGGUCGGCCCAGCACUCACAACGCUGCAGGACAAUCAAGCGCAGGACUUUGCUGCGCGUGUGCAGGACCGCGUGAGCCAGUUGCUUGCCGAGCACUCUAAAGUUGACACGCAGCUCACCUAUCUGCAACAAGACCUGACAUCGUAUUUGAGACGCAAGCGGCAGGGUCAUCCGCAAGACUUUUUCGCCUCGCUCGACCGGCGCUGCCCUCUCCUGAGCGCCGAGGAAAUUCUUCACGCGCUGUCGCAACACAUUAGCCCGUCUGGCAAAGAGACUGGGCGCUCAAUCCUGUCUCUCGUGCUGUACUGGCGGCAGACGUGGCGAGGGCGCCCGUCCAUGGGACGUCAGGAAGUCAUCCAGAGUUCCUUUUACGACUUUUGGGACGAGUGCCGCAGAGCAUUUGCCAGCGAGUCAGAGUUGUUGGAGAUGGUGAAUGUUGGUGUUGCUGGCGAGGAGCCCGUCGUUCCUUCACCAAUGUAAAAAAAACAAGAGGGUCGCCUACGAAGACU